AUGCUUUUUAUUCUUUUUUUCCUAGCUGCUUCAGAAACUUUAACACCAUUCCUGCAGCAGAUUGGUCUGCCAGUUACAACUUUUUUUUCAGUAACUAUCAAUGCAAAUGCAGUUCCAGCUUUUUACUAUAUUCAAUCGACUUCAUCUUCAUAUACAUUCACUUUAUAUAAAUUAGAUGACUCAGGUACAGAAAUUUCACGCGAGGUUGUAGAUCCAACAACAAAUCCCUAUAUAUAUAUUACUGAUUGCAAAUCUUCUUUAAAUUGCAAGAUGAAUAAAAUUAUUCCAGCUGGUGAUUAUGUAUAUGGAGCGGCUGGGUUUACAGGAUGCGAAAAUGGUUUCCAAAUAUUUCCAGGAAGUAAUAUUCACCUUAAUUUUCGUCAAGGAAUACCUUCAAAUAUUUUGCCAAUUUAUCCAAAUCAUAAUAGAUGUUUCUUGUUUUCUGGUAUUAUUAACUCUGCAACAAUUACAAAUAACAUGGACUCAAUAAAUUCUGUCCAAUAUCAUGUCGAACAAGCAACAUCAUGGACAACUGUUAACCAAGGCCAAUCAGUAAGUGUUGCUACAAAAAAUGGUGUGCAAGAUAAUGAUCUUCUAUUUGUUAAAGUAUCACUUGGAAAUUUUACAACAGUACCAGAUUUAGAUAUUGCUUUUACAGCAAAAGAAGGUAAUGACAAUUUGGAACCUUCCCAAUACUAUCAAAUCCCUCCACCUACUCCAAUAGAAACUCCUUAUGAUACUCCUUAUCUUUCACCGUUUGUGACUGCAUUUCAUACACCAAAUGAUACACCUUUCAUUACAGCACACACAACUCCAUUCAAAACUGUAUUCGAUACACCUUAUUUGACUCCAUAUUCAACAAACGAAUAUACACCAUCGAUAACAGCUUUUAGUACACCAUUUGAUACAGUAUCAAGUACACAAGCAACUACACCAUAUAUAACUGCUUUUUCGACACCUCAUUCAACACCUUAUAUUACUAACUUUAAUACUCCAUUUGACACCCCAUUUUCCACUGCAUUUUCAACGGCGCAUUCAACUCCUGCUUCAACCGCCCACAAAACUCCUUUUUCUACCCAAUUCUCGACUCCAUUUUCUACCGCGUUUUCUACUCCAUAUCAGACCAAUGGAGUCACUCCUCACGUAUCUCCGCCACCUAGAACUAACAGCGAGACUCCUUUCAGCACGGCUGAGUCAACUCCUGCGAUAACUCCGGUAGAAACCGAAAUUCCAGCGACACCUGAAGAGACAGCUUCAACAUCCGUAUACAUAAAGACACCAAGAUGGACUGUUAAACCCACCGCGACCCCUUAUUUCGAUGGAUACGAAGGAACUCCGAUAGAUCCAAAUCCGAUCAUUGUUGCCAUCAAAGAGACACAUCCACCGAUCCAAACAGAUUAUAUAAAACCAACUGUUGCCAAAACUAAAAAGAUUAUAACUGUUUCAAUGGGCACUGCCAUGAUUGUCUCCAUUAUUACGCUAUCUGUUGUUAAUAUUAUUAGACAGACUUUUAAGAUAAGACAGAUUAUGAAAGGAAAUGCUGAUCAGGCAUUGUUUUCAGAUCCCGAUAAUUGGGAAUCAUUUACUUUCUCUUUUUAUUCAUAUAGUGAAGAAUAA